AUGGAUGUUGACAACAAAGAAGAUUAUGCAGAGAUGGCAAAGAAGCUCAUCUCUGAAGAGCCUCAAAAGGUGAAAGUCUUUGUUGACAUGAAAAAUGUUGAGAAACUCCCUGUCUCUACUGCUCGAAAUGAGGUGAUAUGGCAAGCCAAGAUAGCGGAGCAUCAAAUGAUGAGAUUGCUUAUCAUCAAGAAAUGGGGCAACAGUUAUGAUAACUCUGUCACAUAUGUCCACCAAAGUGGGAUGGAGAUCCCAUGUACACCAGCAAUGAUAAAGGACUGGGCUCGUACAAUGUAUGAUGGGGAGGCUACCACCACUGUGCCACCCAAUAUCCCAUAUUUUGACCCUGCAAAAUGUGAGCCUGCUUUGCAUCCGAUGCGCCGAUCCACUGUUGUCACUUCGACACCUGCAUCUACAUCAAUCAACACAACUGACAUCAAUUCACUCACAUCUAUGCUUCUUUUGCAAACUGUGCAAGACCUCACUUGUGAGACGACUACCCCUUUGACACCACACCCAGCUCAAGCUACAACCUCACUCCCUGUACCUGGAAUCAUAUCACCUCCUGCACUGACACCUUCAAUGCUCACACGUUUUUUGAAGCAUGCUGAGGACCACCUUGGUGUUGCAUUUGCUACAACAUACGAAUCUUCCCUAUGUGGUAUUGGUGCAGGGCCAGAUAUACUUGCAGAAAUGGCUGACCAGGAUCUCGUUCGAGUUGGUCUCAGUGCAGCAUUACAUGGUGGAAUGGCCCUCUUGCAAAGAAUACAGCAAAACAUUGUAGCACUCGAGCUUGCGCUAGGCUCGUUGUAG